AUGCUCGACAUCAACGACUUCAUCGGAUUGACUUCCUUUGAGCUUGUGCGCGAUCUGGUGCUCGCCGAUCAAGCGGCCGUCGAGUUAUGGGGAGGAAUAACAGGGAAUCCUGUGCACGACUGGCAACACGCGGUCGCUCCGUGUCAGCCUUUCCCUAUUCUCGCGCACAUCUACAUCAUCGACUUCGACUUCAUUCGGUGGCCAGGCACUAUUGUGGUCGAGACGAAGAUCCCGGAGUGCUUCUCGGAGUGCUUCUCGUCUUUGUUGGCCGAUGCUUUUGCUUUGAAGGACGCGUAUCUACCAUUGAAGACGUUCGAAUAUGUCGUCUUCAGAAGAUGCAAGAUGGACGGGGACCAAGUGGAGAUCUUCAGACAGAAGUUGGGUCCUGGUCGUGUACGCUUAGAGCCAGAUGCUUGA